AUGGCCGAACCGAUUCCCACCAGCAUUCCUAACCCCAAAGGCGCAAGUCCCUCUCUCCUGGCCUGUCUCCUUUGUCGACAAAAACAUCUGAAAUGCGAUGGAAAGACCCCUGUAUGUGGACGCUGCACUACAACCGGCUCAGAGUGCCAAUAUACCCCGUCGCGUCGAGGAUACAAAGGUCCUUCGAAGAAACGUCGCGCCAACCCGGAAUCCCCUGACCAACUCGUCCCCAAUUCGGCCUUCUCGUUCGAUCCUCAUUCGGUGGGCUUCCUCGAUGUCCCUACGACGACAAAUUGGGGGUUUCAGAGUGGGUUUGGAUACGCCCCGACAGGGCCUCUUAUAUCGCCCGGGUCGGCGAGCCCUCAGUUCAAUAAUGUCGCUUCUGUAUCACAAGGUUUCCAUGGCCCUAUGACUCCGGACUCAUCACCAUCGUCCAUUGGCGGCGAUGGCUAUCUCGUUGAUAUUUAUUAUACCUACUUCCACCCGGCGCAUCCCGUUCUGCCUCCGCUUCGUUCACUGUAUCGCUCCGCUGUGCCAUCCUAUCUCGAACAGGUCAUCAAGUUCGUCGGCUCGCAUUUCACACCCGCCGCAUCCAGCGAGAUAUACCGUCCAUCUGUGGUGUCAUCGGUCAUGGAGCAAGAAGGAUCAAUUGAAAAGGUGCAGGCGCUUAUCCUGCUAGCCGUGGUGCUUCACUCGCGCAACGAGCGCGCCGAGGCGGGGGAGUGUUUGGCUCUUGCGGUCGACUUAUCCUUCGAGCUGGGGCUACACCGUGCGGAUUUCGCCAUUGCGAUGAGCGAUGGUGAUCCGAUACGACAGGAGUGUUUGCGACGUACUUGGUGGGAGCUCGUCAUCGUCGAAGGCAUGUUGACUGCCCUUGGGGCCCAACAAACGUUCCGCACCAGCUUAGUGCCACUCGAGGUACCUCUUCCUUGCGAGGAACGCAUCUACCAGGACGGACUGACGCCGCCACCGCCGUUGACGGUUGCACAAUUUGACGAACGUGUCUUUGCCGACGAGGAGCGCGAUUUUUCCUCGUUCAGCUACCGGGUGGAGGCUAUUCGGAUACUGGGACGGGUCGUAGGAAUCCAAGACAUGAUUGAAGGUCAGCAGGAUCAUGUCGAGGCCAUCGAUGCGCGAAUCGCCAGCUGGUUCCAUCAUCUGCCGGAAUCCAAGGCGGAGCUCCUGCGUCCGGACGGAUCGGUGGACGAAAUGAUGUUCCAGGCGACAAUGAUCAUCAACGGUGCAGCAGUAUACCUACAUUUCCCUCGCUCCGAUCUACUAUCCUCGCCCGCAGUCGCAGCGGAAGUCAUUUGCGGUCACCACGGCCCAUUGAGCAUCCCAGCGUUUUCGCAUCAUGCCCACGCCAUGAAAGCCGUCAAGGCUGCCAAGGAACUGUCCACAUUGGCCUCCAUUCGGCUGCCUGUCAUCAAGCACACCCCGUUCUUUAUCUGCGCGCUCGUCCUCAGCUCCAUUGUGCAACUGGCAGCUUGCUCCGUCAAGGCGGGCCAAAUGCCAGAUCCAAGUCGCGACCGGCUCACGCUUACAAUCGGCGUCUUUAAAUCCCUAGCCCGCACAUGGGCCAUUUCCCAAGCCAUCAUGCGACAGAUAAAAGCAGUCGCGCGCGACGUGAUGGACGUCGGUUUACGACCGACUAUGGACCAGCUAGACCUAACCGCUGUCCUCGAUAACAAUCGAUUCUGGCUCCCAGAGGCCCUCCCCAGAUAA